AUGAGCUCGUCGGUGUUGUCCACCACAGCGCCCUUCCGGGCAGCUGCCCGGCAGAAAUACUUCCCUCUGGCGAUUCGAGCCUACUCAGGCGUAGCGGCCAGUCGCCUACACCCUUCUCACAGUAAACAAGUCACGCCCGUCGCCUACGCCUACGUCUCAAAACGAUCCAUCUCCUCGACCCAGCAGAACCGAACCGAGGAAUACUUCCCAUCGCCCGAGACCCCUGGUGUCAAAGAAGUGCAAGCAUGGGCUCACCCAGUGUACACCGUAGAGCAAAUGCGCAAUGUUGCAGUCGCCCACCGGGAUGCGAGAAACUGGUCCGAUAAGGUCGCCCUCGGUACAAUGCGUGUUUUCCGUUGGGGCAUGGACUUCGUCACUGGAUACAAACACCCCCGUCCAGAGGCUAAACAUCCCGAAAGAUUCAACUUGACUCCCAAGCAAUGGAUGAACCGGUUUAUCUUCCUCGAGAGCGUGGCAGGCGUCCCCGGCAUGGUCGGCGGUAUGCUGCGCCAUCUCCACAGUCUGCGACGCAUGAAGAGAGAUAACGGAUGGAUCGAAACCCUUCUCGAGGAAGCUUUCAAUGAGCGCAUGCACCUGCUCACCUUCCUCAAGAUGGCUGAACCGGGCUGGCUCAUGCGCCUCAUGGUCCUCGGCGCCCAGGGUGUCUUCUUCAACGGAUUCUUCCUCUCCUACUUAAUCUCUCCGCGUAUCUGCCACCGGUUUGUCGGAUAUCUCGAGGAAGAAGCCGUCAUUACGUACAGCCGGGUGAUCAAGGACAUGGAAAACGGACAACUGCCCGAGUGGGAUAACCUGGAGGCCCCGGAUAUCGCAGUUCGGUACUGGAAAAUGCCUGAAGGCAACCGCAAGAUGAAGGAUCUCAUCCUAUACAUCCGGGCCGAUGAGGCGAAGCACCGCGAGGUCAACCACACAUUGGGCAACUUGGACCAGAAGGGGGAUCCCAACCCUUAUAUGACCGAGUACAAAGAUCCAACAAAGGAUCAUCCCACAGAGGGAAUUGAGAACCUCAGAGCAACAGGAUGGGAACGCGACGAGAUCUUUUUCAAGCCUCAGGAGCAAAAGUAG